AUGGGUGCGUUCUUGGGCCGUAAGAGGCAGCGUAACAGCUUUGAGUCGGUUGAAACUAUACACAAGCGAAUGCUGCAAUGGCGCCAAGAGCUCCCCGAUGUACUGAGUCUCAAGGGUCAAGAGCAGUCCAUGGACCCAAGUAUAGUAAGGCCAACUGAGAUCCACGCACUCAGUCUCCAGCUUACCUACGACAAUCUGCAAAUUAUCUUACAUCGCACUGAAGUCUUUAAAGACGGCAAUGGCAUCUCUUCCAUAAUCCCCAACAACGGUACCUCUAUUCAACAAAUAUUCACCUCAGCCAUGGAUACAUCUGAACUCUCCCGCCAUCCUCGCAUCUUGGACGCCUGCAGAAGAACUCACGCAGACGUCCAUGUUGGUAUGACCAUGUUCACAGCUGGUGUUGUCCUGUGUGCUAUCUGUCUAUCACACCCUCUUACUGAAAUGGGGUCUCGCGCGAAGACCGGGGUUAUGCAUAUUACACACAUGUGUCGAGAGACGAGAGUCGGUCGCUAUAGCGGCCAGCUGGUCUCGGAGCAGAGUCUAAGUAUCAUCGAUAGCUUGGUUGAGGUUAUGCUGCAAAAGGAGACGGAUAUGAUCACCGGCCGAACGAGUUAUCCAAGCCCCCAUACAGCUCCUGGAAAGAGAGAUACGGGAUCGUCUGACGAUGGAGGACCUAGAGCAAACAGAACAAUAGCGCCCAGACCAAGUAUCGCAUCUGGUCCAAGUGAGCCCAGAAACGAGCGAGUCUUGGAGCCGAUUCAAGAAGGUAAGCACAAGGCUGCUCUGACAAAUGAACAUAUGCAAUCAGUGGUCAUGGGCUAA